AUGACUAUCAUCUUCAACAACUGGAAAAAAAAAAAAAAACCCAUUUUCGAUAAUGCAAAGAAUGGUCGUGGUGUAGAGAUAAGAGUUUUAGGGUUCAUAUUCUCUUAUUCAAAGUCUUUUAUGAACACUGUUGUUUAUGUUUUGGAUCUGAAUGUUUUUCUGUUGGAUGUGAUAGAUGUUGAUUAUUAUUUGACAAUGUUGGUGAUGAACAAUUGUUGUUCCUUUAAGAUGUCUUUCAUGAUCAAUAUCAAUCAACUUGAUUGUGUUAAUGAUUGUGUUGAGACUGGUACAGAGAUUGUUGGAUCGAAUGUGCCAGUAAUAGGAAUGAUGUUUGAAUCGGUUGAUGAGAUGUUUAAAUUUUACAAGAAAUGUUGUCAAGUAAAUGGGUUUUCAGUCAAGAGGAGGUCAUUAACGAAGGAUGCAAAUGGUGAUUACAAAUAUAUGAUAUUUUCAUGCAGGAGGUCGAAUAAAUUUGUAUCACGUUCGAAGAAUCCAGUCAAUCAUCGUGGUUAUAAUAAGAAUGAGUGCAAGGCGAGGCGUGUUGGCAGACUUUCUGUUGAUGGGAAAUGGAAGAUUACAUUGUUUGAAGAUGUCCACAACCACGAUUUAAGUCCUAGUCAUUCCAGAUUCUUCACGUGCAACAGGGAAAUAAAUCCGUCUAUGAAAAGACAACUAGAGAUUGAUGAUAUUGCUGGAAUUCGACCGAACAAGAGUUUCAAUUCAUUUGUCAUUGGUGCCGAUGGUCAUGAUAAUAUUCAAUUUCUGGAGAGAGAUAUUAGAAACCUUCUUGCUAGGACUAGGCGUUUGCACCUUGAUCCGCGCAGUAGGGCAACCUAUCAUGAAUUUGGUGAUGUCAUUACAUUUGAUACGACAUACCUAACUAACAACUAUGACAUGCCAUUUGCCCCCUUUGUUGGUGUCAAUCACCAUGGGCAUUCAAUACUUCUUGGUUGUGGUUUGAUCUCUAGUGAGGACACUAAAACCUUCGUUUGGUUAUUUAGGACAUGGUUAGAGUGCAUGGGUGGUGUUGCUCCUCAUGGUAUAAUCACUGACCAGGAUAGGGCAAUGAAGAAUGCGAUUGAAAUUGUCUUCCCAAACACAAAGCAUAGAUUAUGUUUAUGGCAUAUCAUGAAGAAGGUGCCUAAGAAAUUUGGUUCACAUAGAGAAUAUGAAUCCAUCAAGCGAAUGUUGGCCGAAGCUGUUUAUGACUCCCAUAGCAUCGACGAAUUUCAAUAUAAAUGUAGUCUGCUUAUUUAUCUACAUAAUCUGGAUGGUAAUUCUUGGCUGGAGAAUAUGUACUUGGAGAAAGAAAAGUGGGUUCCUAUCUACGUCAAAAAAUAUUUUUGCGCGGGGACGUCAACAACUGGUCAGAGCGAGAGCAUGAAUGUUUUCUUUGACGGUUAUGUGAACUCAAAGACAACGUUGAAACAAUUUGUCGAGCAAUAUGGUAAUGCUUUGCGGAAGAAAAUUGAGAAGGAAUGUCAGGCGGAUUUUGACUCAUCCCACAAGUAG